GUCAGUCUAACUGGACGGUGCUGUUAUUUAUUUUAGUUCUUUUUCCAUUCAUUCUUGUUUUUUUUCUUAUUUAAAUAAAUAGUUUUGUAGAUAAAUAUUUAAAAAUAUAAAACUCAUCCAAAUGAUGUACACAAGAUUCAUUUGGAUCAAUGUGCGAAUUUUAGGCGCAAUUAGUGCAUUGGGCUUGUCCCUUCUUUUAUAUCAAUGGAUUCUUCAGCCUUUGGCUUUACCUCAAUUUAACACUACCAGAUACUGGGGACCUGGAGAUGGUAAAGAUUAUGUCGAAAAUACUGAUAUCAGGCCACUUAAGAUCAUGUAUGAUCAAGAUACCAUCAAAAUGCUUCGUAAACAUCUUGAUCGACAUAUAGACUUUCAAAAUCCCCUAGAAGAAGUUGGUUUUCAUUAUGGUUUUAACACCAGACAUAUAAGACCUCUCAUCGACUAUUGGAAGGGAGUUUAUUUGCAAAAAUGGAAGGUCAGACAAGAGUACCUAAAUCAGUUCAAACACUAUAUGACUCAAGUUAACGGCUUGCAUAUUCAUUUUAUAUGGGAAUACCCGAAGGAACCCGCUCCAGCUGUCGAUUAUAUUCGAUUACCCAUACUUCUUCUGCAUGGAUGGCCAGGAUCGAUACGAGAAUUUUAUGAUCUCAUUCCGAAACUCCUCAAAUACACGGAUGAAGAUGCUUUUGGAUUUGAAAUUGUUGCACCAAGUUUGGUUGGAUUUGGAUUUUCAUCGUCGGCUUCCAAAAAAGGAUUCUCUACAACUCAAAUGGCCAUCGUGAUGCGAAAUCUCAUGCUUCGCUUGGGUUACAAAAAAUUCAUUGUCCAUGGCGGUGAUUGGGGAGCAGUUAUCGGAAGUCAUAUGGCAACGAUCUUUCCCGAAAAUGUUAUCGGCUACCAUACAAACCUUUGCGUAAUGCAAUCUCCACAAGCAAUUCUAAAAACAAUGAUCGCCAGUCUAUGUCCACCAUUAUUUGUUAAAAAGGAAUACGAACCUUUUCAUUUUCCAAUUUUGGAAAAAUAUCAAUGGCUUCUCGAGGAAGGAGGCUACUUCCUUCAUCAAGCAACUAAACCGGAUACAAUUGGCGUAGCUUUGGCAGCAAAUCCUGUCGGAUUGGCAGCAUACAUUUUGGAGAAAUUCUCCACUGGAACAAAUACUAGCUAUCGAGAUUUAGAUGAUGGUGGAUUAUUUGACAUGACAAUCGAUUUGGAUGCAAUGUUGGACAACAUCAUGAUUUACUACUUGGGCAACAAGAUCAUGUCAAGCAUGAGAUUUUAUGCUGAAUCAAUGACAAAUAAACCGUCGAAUUUUUAUAUGGACAGAGUUCCAACUUAUGUUCCAAUGGGAUGUAUUCGUUUCAGGAAUGAUAUUCCAACUCCUAUUGAUUGGGCAUUGAAAGAUAAGUAUCGGAAUAUUAUUCAUUUGGAUUAUUCGAAUCGUGGAGGACAUUUUGCUGCAAUGGAAGUACCAGACAUUCUUCAUCAGGAUAUUGUUACUUUUGUUAGGAAAUUGUGUUUUCUUUCAGAUUGUACUCAGUGGAAAGCUUAAUAUUUUAUGUAAAUCUUAUUCCAUUCAACUGUAAAGAAAGGUUUUUA